AUGAACACUGUUCAGUCCUACGUGCAUGAGGGGCAACGGAUUGCGUCGGAGCACAAGGCGCAGCUCCAAGAUGCGGUCAAGAAGGCCGUGAAUGUUGCACAGGAGUACGUCGAGGAUGCCCGCAAGAAGGCUGACCCGUACGUGGAAAGCGCCAAGGCAAAGGUGGAUUCAGCCAAGGCCUCUGUGGAGAGCGCGCGUCACUCCGCUCAGAGCGCUGUGGACAACGCCAAAGACCAGGUGACGGCUGUGCGCACCAGGGUGACCGAGAAGACGCAGCCCUAUGUGAACAACUACCAGGAGUUCGACGUCACGAAGACGGCUGCCUUCCACGUUCUCAUCCACUUCAUCAGCAGCGUGCUCUACGUUGUCUGGCGCUUAACACAGUUGAUCCCCUCCGCCAAGCAGGUGUUGAAUUUCCUUCAGCAAAAGGAGGCGGAUGCGGUGGUGGUGCACAGUUGCUCGGCGAUGGUGCAAAGGGUGCCAGUUGUGGGGCCUCGGUGCGUGGAGGUGGCCACAAUUGUUGUGAGCAACGUGUACACAGGCCUCAACGAGCAGAUUUCGCAAUACAACGCUGCGAUGCAGCGUAAGAAGGCCGCUUAA